CCAUCUUCUGUUGACAGAAAGACGGCAUCAUUACCCCGCCUCCGCCGCAGUGGAGCUCACUUAAAGGGCCAGUUCACCCGAAUAUCAGCAAUGUCCGAGUGCCGUGGGGCGUGUGCAGAGGUGGACUCUGACACAGAGGCAGUGGCGGGCAAGGGCUUCAAACUGGGCUGCAUCUCCUGCAAGAGGAGGAGUGAGGUGGAGGCUACUGCCACCGUCGAAUGGUACUUCAGGCCGAAAGGAGAAGCCGACUUUGUUCAUAUCUACACCUACAACGAGGAAGGCCCCAUCAUUGAACACGACGACUUUAUGGACCGUUUGGAUUGGAACGGAAGUAAGAGGAGCCAAGACAUCCAGGAUGGAUCCAUAUACCUGCUCAACGUCACCUUCAAUGACACGGGCACCUACCGCUGCUUUUUCAACCGCAUCCUCUUCUACGCUAACUAUGAGUACAGCACCGUUAUCAGCAAAGUGGUCCAACUUUCUGUGGUGGCUAAAGCGACCAGAGGAACGGCUUCCAUCGUGUCCGAGGUCAUGAUGUACGUGUCCAUUAUUGGCCUUCAGGUCUGGCUCCUCAUAGAGAUGAUAUACUGCUACAGGAAAAUAUCAGCAGCUGGAGAAGAAGCAUUAAGAGAAGCAGCAAAUGCUGAAUAUUUAGCGAUAGCCUCAGAAAGUAAAGAGAACUGCGCAGGGGUGCAGGUUGGAGAAUAGCACAGGCUUCUUCCCUGGACUAAAAACAUCCUUCCACCCUCUGACCUGAAUGUAGACAACUUGGGGUAAAACCAGUGACGGACUAAGAUCAAGAAAUGGCCCUGGCAUUUGCAACACACCGGCCCUAUUUUCAAAUCACACCAACCAACCGAACAUUGACAGAAAACGCAAAAAAACCUACAAACUGAAUAUAAUGAAGAAAUUCAGAACACAUACUUAAAUGACACGCACUAUCGCUACAGUCGGUGACCUAUGCCGAUAACAAUUUAACAUCUAAUAGCGCCGGCAGAUCGCUAGGUGCUGCGAAAUGAUACGCUCCACUAAAGGCACAUUCAGCACAAAUACAAAGGCUCGACAUUAAAGCACAGUACAUAAUAACACGGCUCCACCAAAACAUGAAAAUGUUUGUGGCUACAUGCAUAAAAUAACUUUUUUUAAAACAACUGAAGACAAGUUAGUUAUUACUGUAGGAUAUUUUAUUGUGUUACCUCUGUUAAAUGUUAAGAGUGUAACAUAUUUAUGAAAAAAAAUCCCAUUCGAAUAGUAAUUUCAGCAUUCGAAUAGUAUUGAUUUUUUUACUAUACAAAUUAUAUUCGACUUUCGAAAUUCGUACAAACAACCCUAAUAGAUGGCGGCCCUUUUGGCAUCUGCCCAAAUUCCAGAUGGCCAGUCCUUCACUGGGUAAAACUCCUCUUCAUCUCAAGCCUCUAUUUGACCUUUUCCCUGACAAAGAUCACACAUGGAUAUUACAUACAAAGAAGGCAUGGUACCAGCACUGUAUUUAGUAUUCUGUGUAGAAAAAGCAUUUUCUGCUUCUGCACUUAUUUGACUAACCAUUAUGCAUUAAAGAGCCACAUUCUCAUAUUUUUCACAUAUAGUAUUUGUAUCGUAAAUGUAGUCGCAUAUUCAUAUACACAGAGACAUUGAUGCAUGCUUUUAUUUCCUGUUGGAUAGACCAUUGUAAUGCCUUACUUUCUGGUCUUCCGAAGAAAAGAAUUGUUCACAAUUUUUUUUAAAUUCAGCUGCACGGGUUGUUGACGAAGACCAGAAAGAGAGCACACAUUACACCGAUUUUAAAGUCUCUGCACUGGCUAUACGUGCGCUUCAGAAUUGAUUUAAAGGUCCUUUUUAUUGGUUUAUAAAGCUCUUAAUGGUCUAGUCCUAGUUAUUUAUCACAUUUGCUUUUACCUAAAAUGUGGCACAUCAAGAGGGUUCUCUCGAUGAUUGAUUGGUAUAAUAUGUCAGUGGUACUAUGGGUGUCUGAUGGACUCUGACGAGGAUGAUUUUAAAAGAAAGCUUUUUCCUGAAUCAUCACCACCUAAUGUAUAAUUAAUGUGACACGUUUUUUUUUUUUAAAUAGAAUGUAAUGGACCUGGAUAGACUGUCUUUCCAGUUGCUAGUUGUACAUUCAAGUGUUCAAGUCUUAAGAUGUACUAAAAAAACUUAAAAAGUAUACGUGAUGAUGGAGAAAUCUUCUGAUUUGCCUAAUAAAUAUUUCAGAGAGUUGAAAUGGA